GGCCGUAACCGCCCCUUCCCGCCCUUCCGGAGCGAAAAACCGAAAAAGCCUCCCUCCUCGCGCUUCGCUCGCCCGCCGCCGAAAAUGUCCGGCUUUCGUUUGGAUCUGGGGCCCGCCAAGGAGCCGCUGGGCUUCAUCAAAGUCCUGGAAUGGAUAUUCUCCAUUUUUGCCUUUGCUACCUGUGGCGGAUACAGCGGGAAAACAUCUGUAAUUUUCAACUGUCACCCUGACAAAAAUGCCACAGUCACUGGUGAUUUCGUCUAUCCUUUCAGGUUGAACAAAGUUUCACUUGGACCUCUGGACCCUGCAUUGAAAUGCAACAACACUUGGAACUCCCCAGCUUACUUGGUGGGAGAUUUCUCCUCCUCCGCGCAGUUCUUUGUCGCAUAUGCAGUUCUCGUGUUCCUGUAUUGCAUCGCAGCCAUCAUACUUUACCUUGGGUACAUGCACUUGUAUCGAGGAGCUGGAAAACUCCCCAUGAUUGACUUCAUCAUUACCGUUGUUGUCUCUUUCCUGUGGUUGGUGUGCACAUCAGCUUGGGCAAAGGCACUCGUCGAUAUCAAAAUGUCCACCGGACCCAAGCUUAUUAAUGAAAUUGAGCCUUGCGUUAAACAGCCUGGGAUUUGCCAGUUCAAUGAUAUCAGGCACAUGGGAUCCUUGAAUGUGUCUGUGGUUGUUGGUUUCUUCAACGUGAUUCUGUGGGCUGGCAAUGCUUGGUUUGUCUACAAGGAAACUCACCUCCAUAAGCCUUCCUCCAGCGCGUCUCCAAACGCUACCAGUCCCUCGUCUCCUUAAGGGGUGUGAACAGUCUGAAAAGGCCUUCAGUAUGAAAAACCACCUCUCGCCUCAGGAUGAUCCUCAUGGCUGUUAUCUUCCUCCCCACUUCCUUUGUGUAAUUGUUGUGUGAAAAAUGGAUGGGUUUCCCUUUUGGGUUUUAUGUUUUGUUUUUGCUCCAACACCGAAGCAUGAGAGGACAGAAUGGAGAGUGACACCAUGCAAGAGGAGCCUUGUGCUGUAUCAGAGCUUGUUCUCUGCAUUGAAAAAGAGGACUUCGUGUCUUGGGCUUGGAAGCUCAAUGGAGUUAACAGACAGUUGGGUCGGCACAGAAGGCAGCCCGCCAUGCCUGUGAUUGGAGUUGAGUUGACCUGCUUGGUAUGAAGUGCUACCUGUAUCCGUGUAUGCUUACUUAGAAGGAAGUCCCUCUGAAUUCAUUGGGGCUGACUGCCAAGUAAGCAUGCUUAGGAUUACACCUUUGGAUUCCCCAGAAGUGAACUGCACUUAAAGCAGCUAGCUUUACAUUGAUCUUGCUUUUCUGACUGCUGUAAAUGACUGGGCUUUGCAGUCAGUUUACGUGGAACUCCAGUCAACCAAAACCUUAGGAUCUGUCCCUCUGAGAGUCCUACAAAGCUGGAAAUCUUACAAUGCUUGUAGUUGGUCUCCCCCUCCCCCCCUGUGUUUCUCAACUACAGACUCAACAGUCCUGGCUAAUAUGGCCAAUGUGAACAUGCUGGGAGUUAUGUAGUUGGAGGACCCCAGAUUUCCCAAAGCUGAUGCACCUGAAGCUCCAUGGCCACCUGCCCCCACCUCGCCUUGGUGCAAUUGCUCUAAAAGAGGCCCUCAAGUUGUAAUCCUGAAUGUUGUUGAACCUUAUGAUAUGUAUGGGCAGUAAGCAUCUGGAUUGUAUUUAAUUAGCUUAAUUUUAAUGACACUUGAACUGAAUUCAGUUUAGGUUUUGGCCUGGACUACUCUGCUUGUUCUCGCAAUCUGCAUUCUGGAAUGAGUCUCCUCAAACAUCACUCAUGUACAGCCCAGAUGCAGGAGAGUAGUUAAUUCUGCUGAUGAGCCCUGGGAAUCUCCAGGAAAGAUGAUGUCUGAUAAUGGCUCCCAGUUGGUUGAAAAGAAUCUUAAACAAAGGUUUAACUUCUAGUCCCUCCGGAGGACGAGACACUGUAGAAUAAUGAUCAGCAUCACUUCAAGGCUGUGAAUUUAUGCUUCUUAAAGAACAUUAGAUUUGACCCAAAGCAAAAUCUGUAUGCCAAAGAAUCAGGACUUUAUGCAAACUGUACAGAAGCAUGCAGAAACUCACACGCGCAGUGAUGGAGUUUGCGAUUGCUUAUUUUCUGGGUAAAUUUCUAAAUGUGCAUUUUGUGAUUGCAGCAUUUGGGGUGGGGUUUUUUUUGCUGGGUGGUUUUUCUGGCACAAUUUUCCAGAGAUCUUGGUUUCAAUACUGUCAUCCCAAUAUUUGAUUUUGAUAUAUAUUUUUUUAAAUUUUUGGCUAGCAAUUAAGUUUCUGUUUGUCAUGAUUUCAAGUGUCAGAAAUGGAGAGGCACGAUCUGAGCAGUUCCAGUCUCUGGAAGUGAAAUUGUAUCUUGCAUGAUUAUUAUUUUUUAUUCUAACUUUAAUAAUGCUUCCCAUUGCAAUAUAUUAUUCUGCCCCAUCCGCUGCCCUUUUGUUGCCUUGGUUGUGGCCUUUGCUACCAACUUGCUUUACUAAGAUAUUCUGCUAUGGUUGUAGAAAUGAGCAAAAGUUUCAGACUGCAAAUUUAUGUAAAGGACAUAAAGACAAAAAUUUGCAUAUUUUGGAUUGAUUUUUAAAAUAAUGGGCAAUGAGAUCAGCCAUAUAUAAAUUUUUGCUCUGAUUCCUACUUAUGCCUGGAUCUUGGGUGUGUGUGUGGUUUUUUUCCUUUUAAUGUAGAUUCUCAUUUAAUUUCAGUGUCUUACGUUAAUUUACAGUUAUUUUCACAGUAAGACAAUGUCUUCUUUGCCGUUAAACCAAUUUUUACAUUUUGUUAGGGGUAGCACCUAAUCUGCCCCCACCCCCAUAGUCUAUAUAGGAUCAACAUUUUGUAAAAUCUAUCUCAGAUAUCCAUAUAUUUGGUAACUUAUUCUCAUGUCCCAGUGAAAAUCACUCUACUUAAUUUUACCUGCAGGAGAGUGAAUGCUAAGACUAUAAGCUUACUUAUUAAAAAUAAUGUUUCAUCAACAUUGGGGAGACUUAUAGUUAAAAAUCAAUUUCAUGUCCUCAUCAUAAUAUGUGUUAACAGACUUGUCUUAACAUCUGCUUGUUCCUGGUGUGAGCAGAAUAUGUGGUUUGGUGAAAGUGAGGGUGUAUUGCCACAGAGAGAAAAUUCUCACUUUUUAAAAUAAUAAGCUUUGGUUCCUCUCAUAGUA